AUGCUGAAAAACACGUUCAUUUUCGUUCUAGCUUUGAGCGUAUGGAUUGACAAUAGCAUAGGUGUUCAAGUUACCAUAAGUAAUGUAGUUCAGCGUCGAGAUAUCAAUGGGACUAUCAUGGAUAUUCAUGAUGGAAAUAUGCUGUUGUAUGAUGGUCUUUACUACUACUAUGGUGCAAGUUACGGCCUUUGUAAAGAACCUCCCGGUCCCACGGGUUGUACCGAGUGGCAUACUGGUGGAUGUGGUUUUCAGCUUAAUCACAAUGUUAGUCUGUACACAUCAACCAACUUGAUGAAUUGGACAUUCGCUGGAUACGCUUUUCAAAUGUCGACAAUGAAAAACCCUGGAAUCUUGUUUAGUCCACGUGUUAUUCGAAAUUAUCAAACAAGAAAAUGGGUCAUGUGGUUCAAUUUCCUUCCAGCAACAGGCACUGGUGUAUCUCAAUCACAAAAUGCGGUAGCUAUUUCCGAUACACCUCAAGGUCCGUUUCAACUCGUCACUGAGAAAGUAACCACAUUAGCGUGGAAGAAUACUGGAGAUUUAAAUCUCUUUCAAGAUGAUAAUGGAGAUGCGUAUAUUAUUUAUACAUCUCACAUCGAUGGAAGUAUGUACAAUCCAACUCAUUUAAUGUCUGUGGAAAAACUAUCGAGCGAUUACCUCAGUUCACUUGGUAAACAAUAUAAUAGUGGAUUUUUCGGACAAAACUUUGUUGAAGCACCGGCCAUGUUCAAACGUCACGAUACAUAUUACGCAGUCUUUGGCCAAUGUUGUUGUUAUUGCGCCGAAGGUUCUGCGGUUACAGUUUAUACAUCGUCAUCUCCACUUGGUCCGUAUAAAACAACCGCUAACAUCGGAAAUGAAGGACAUGCGCAACAAUCGAGUGUUCUAAAAUAUCGAACUAGUACAGGCGAUGGUAAUGGGUAUUUAUGGCAAGGAAACCGUUGGCAAAGUUCUCCCGAUGGCGCGAAAGGACACGAUUUUACCUAUUGGUCACCGAUGACUUUCGAUCAGGAUGGGAAUGUGACGUAUAUGAACUAUACCGCUAGUUUUAUUCUCGAUGUCACUACCAACAAUUGA